AUGAAGCCUCACCGUAUCCGUAUGGCGCACAAUCUGGUCGUCAGCUACUCCCUCCACCGGCGCAUGGACAUAUGCCGCCCGUUCCCCGCCGAUCCCGAGGACAUACGCCUCUUCCACUCGCCGGACUACGUCGACUUCCUCGCGUCCGUAACCCCCGAGACGCUCAACGACGAGCCGCACGCGCGCCACCUGAAGCGGUUCAAUGUCGGCGCGGAUUGCCCUGUUUUCGACGGGCUAUUCGGUUUCUGCCAGGCCUCCGCCGGCGGAUCCAUCGGCGCCGCCGUCAAGCUCAACAGGCAGGACGCCGAUAUUGCCAUCAAUUGGGCCGGGGGUUUGCAUCACGCGAAGAAGGGGGAGGCCUCUGGGUUUUGCUAUGUUAACGACAUCGUGCUGGGGAUUCUCGAGCUGCUGAAGGUUCACAGGCGUGUACUCUACAUAGACAUUGAUGUUCACCAUGGGGAUGGUGUUGAGGAAGCCUUCUAUACUACAAACCGAGUAAUGACAGUCUCUUUCCAUAAAUUUGGUGAUUUUUUCCCUGGUACUGGACACAUCAAGGACAUUGGGGUUGCUCAGGGGAAAUACUAUUCGCUUAAUGUCCCGUUGAGUGAUGGGUUGAGUGAUAGCAAUUUCAGGGGCUUAUUUCGUCCCAUCAUCCAGAAAGUCAUGGAGGUUUACCAACCGGAGGCCGUUGUGCUUCAGUGUGGGGCGGACUCGUUGGCUGGUGAUCGGCUGGGUUGCUUUAAUCUGUCUGUGAAAGGCCAUGCGGAAUGCCUCAGAUUCCUGAGGUCGUUUAAUGUGCCUCUUAUGGUUUUAGGUGGAGGAGGGUACACACUCAGGAAUGUUGCCCGGUGCUGGUGUUAUGAGACUGCUGUUGCAGUUGAUGUGGAGCCGGAUAACAAGUUGCCCUACACCGAGUAUUUUGAAUAUUUUGGCCCAGACUAUACUAUGCACAUUGAACCUAGUAAUAUGCCGAAUCUGAAUAAGAAGAAAGAUCUGGACAACAUCAGAAAUAUGCUGCUCGAUCAACUCUCUAAGAUUCAACACGUCCCGAGUGUACAGUUCCAGGUGGCACCUCCAGUGACAGAAGUUCCGGAGGAGAUAGAGGAUAAUAUGGAAUGGAGGGCCAAACCACAGAUGUGGAAUGGUGAGAUGGACGAUGAGUCUGAAUCUGAGUGUAUAGAUUGAUCUCUGUUGAAGAGGAUAGCUUGAGAGAUGCAACUUGCAAUCAUCACAAACCGGAUUUCUCCUGUGGAACGGCUUUCUUGACUAAUGCGUGCUGUUAAAUACUUGUUCUUCACCAUUUAUGUAAAAAUAUCCUGUUAACUGAAUCAUUUACAAAUUAGUGAUGAGGGCCUCAAACAGCUUGUAAACAAGUUAAAAAAACUGCUAUGGUGGCAACAUCGAAACAUUGAAUGAUAGUUGUGCAAGUUAGGCGCUAUGUUUCUCUGUUUUGCUAAUUUUUGUGCUGUAAAGGCGCAAGUUUGGGUAAGUGCGUUUGUUGAGUUAAUUAAUAACGCGCUUUAUCUGCA